AAAAAAUAAAGCUUUGGCUCUGAGGUGACGUCAUUGUCCGUGCCGGCAGCAGAUGCGCAGUUCACAACUCGAAGAACAAGUUCAUGCCGACGCGCUCGCCUUUUAAGCCGAUUUUGAUUGAAUAUUGACAGUUACGGUUUCCAGCAUGGGAAGAAUACACCUCUCGUGGCUUUUCCUUCAGGCUGCGCUCGUCGUGGCUUCGUGUUUCACCGAUAUGGAAACUGGGCCUGGUGCAGGUGUAUCGACGCAGACCACCGCCGCAGAUCGGUUCAAAAUCGAGGGAAGGGCGAUCGUUCCAGGGGUAAAAACACAAGACUGGGUCUCCACGGCGCGAGUUCUUGUAGACGGUGAAGACUACGUGGGUUUUUUGAGAAUGGAUGGGAGUUUUGCAGUCAACGAUGUCCCCUCCGGGUCUUACGUUGUAGAAAUUGUCACUCCAGGAUACCGAUUUGAGCCUGUGCGUGUUGAUAUUACAUCCAAGGGGAAAAUGAGAGCACGCCUUGUGAACUACAUUAAGACUUCAGAAGUGAUCCGCCAGCCAUAUCCUCUCCAAGUAAGAGCAAGUGGCUUACACAGCUACUUCAUGAAGAGGGAAACCUGGGGCUGGACUGAUUUCCUCAUGAACCCAAUGGUUAUGAUGAUGGUGUUGCCAUUGCUGAUUAUUGUUCUACUGCCCAAAGUGGUCAACACUAAUGACCCCGAAAUGAGGAAGGAAAUGGAGCAAUCCAUGAACAUGCUCAACCCCAACCCCGAGCUCCCAGAUGUGUCUGAGCUCAUGACAAAGCUCUUCUCGGGCUCCAAGGGCUCCAGCAAGGCGGGCGGUAGCAGCAAGGGCACCAGACCAGCUGUCAAGAGGAGGUAGUACACAUAGCUCAUAUGCCUGGAGAAAAAGCACGUCAAGUCACGUACGCAGGAUUGUUAAGUGUCCCCCCCUGUACAGUUCUCUCUAUGAACAAAUGUUAACUAUUUAAAAUGUACAAAUACAUUUUUUUUUUGUUUAUUCAGUUCUAACAGAAUUCACAAGCAGUUUUUCUUCACUUGCUGCCAACGUGUGAUUGUAAUUCUUUCCAAUCUUUUCUGUGCUGAUCCUUUGGUGUGCUUUGCUGCUAAUUCCACAACAUCUGUACACGUUGAGGUAUUUUUUUUUCAGUCAUGUGACUGUGAAUGAGGAUACAUUGAAUUAACUUUAAAGACUGAAAAGCUUGGAUAAAUAAAUUGCAACUGUCUGUAAAAACAAUGA